GCACGCACGCACGGCCGACCGUGCUCUCCGGUCCGGGAGGCGCGGUUUUACACGCGCUGUACGCACAUCGGAAAGUUACGCAGCUCCGAAACGAACGUAACGCCGGGCCUCGGCGUUUCCUUGCUUUUACGUAACCCCCUGGAUCCCGGGGGCCACCUCGCUCUCCCACCCCGAGCAAUUUCACCGGGUGGUUUUGGCCAUCGCCGUGUCCGUCCUUUAUAAGCGGACAUCCCCGACGAUCAAAACACAGAAUCGUAUCGGCACAGUUCGCAAACAGCGCAGCACGCACAGCCGCCGUCGCGAAUUUUCACGGACUUAACGAUCGAGCGAUUAAGACUGACAGAGACGAAGAUGCGCGCCCACGCCGUCGCUUUGCUCGUGUUUGGAAUAAUGGCAGUGGCUUUGGCGUCGCCGGUGCCAGGUGGUCAUCAUCAUGAACAUCAUGUGAUCCACGUGCCCUACAAAGUGCACACAAUCCAUCAUCAUCACACGAAGAAGAUACACAUACCGGUGCAUCACGUCGAGAAGGUCGCCGUUCCCGUCCCGUACCCGGUGCAUCACGUCGAAAAGGUUGCAGUCCCAGUACCUGUACACCAUGUCGAAAAAGUGGCCGUACCUGUGCCAGUCGUACAUAAGGAGUACGUCCCUUAUCCCAUACAUGAGGAGAAGCACCAUGGCUGGCUUUAAAUACUUCGUUUUCAUCUUUAAUUAUGUUAGAUUGCCGUGCAAGGUGGAGGUCGAGUAAGUAACAGCUAAUUGAAUUCAUUCCUCAUUGCGGAUUCAUUGAUAACAAGUUUCCUCGUGGAAUACACAAGAGAACGAAACCAUUCAGUACAAAGUUACUCGCGCCACCAGUGCAGCAUGUAAGGAUUUAGCAUAAGAACCAAAUACUCUGUAUGCACGCGUGUGUACUUAGGACAAAAAUAAUUGUACAUACUUACAUACUUUUACUUCACGUUACACGCUCUCAUUUUUAUAUAAAAUAAACGUUUGAUAAAAA